AUGUUUAACGUUCUAUACUUACGUGGUACUCCCGUUGUGCAGCAACGGAGAGAUUCAUUGGUGAAACAGGGCAUGACCACAGGCGACGGCAAGCUGCGGCGUUCAAGCUCAGAGUCGGCGGUAGGAUUAAAGCGACUAGAAAUAGAACAAGAGAACAAGGAAGCACAGUACAUGCAGUUCACAGGCACAGAGGAUUCUAGGGAGGCUGACGAUACAGACCACGUGGCCGAUGGCACAGACCCACGGUACAACUGGGCGGACCCAAACACCAACACAUACGAAUGGGACGACAUCGCUGAGCACGAUGGUUACCAUGACGACCACCUCCCGCGGUUCCAUGCUAACUUGGCCGCAGCUUCAGGAACAGCCCGACGGGCGACGGCACUGUUGUAG